AUGGCGCUGACCCUCUGCCUGACAGCCAGGUCGCUGCGGCUGCGAGGAGGGGAAGGAGAGGGAGAAGUUCUUGGGCCUUCAAGGUCCUUCCUAGGGCACAACAACACAGUCUUGGCGCUGGCGUACCAUGGUGGAAUCCUGUACAGCGGUGGACUGGACCACUACGUGCGACUGUGGGACGUGAGGAGCGGGGAGUGUGUGGGCAAGUUAGAGCCAAACAUGCACCAUGGAUCGAUAGAUACACUGUUGCUGAAACAAAGCGCAGAUUCUUCAAGUGUGCUCUUCUCAGGAGAUUGCGACGGAAUGAUCAGAAUGUGGGAUGCAAACACAGAUCAAUCGCUGGGGGUCCUCGAAGGCCACACUGACGCAAUCUACGCGCUGUUGGAGACAGAAGAGCCUUAUUCUUACAUUGUGAGUGGAUCUAACGAUGGCACGAUCAGGGUUUGGUCGCUGGAAAACCUCAAGUGUUUGACAAAUACAUCUUACAGCCGCCAGACCCCGGUCAAUGCGCUGUGGAUGGCUCGGUCCCAUGGAGUGCUGGUAUCCGCGUCUGCCGAUUCUCUGGUGAGGCUGUGGAAGCCAGGAACAAGCUUCUGCAUCAUGACAUGUAAGGGGCACAGGAGAACCAUCUACGCUCUUACAGGUAGCUUGUAUGUGCCGCGGGAUGGGGAGGUGCUGAUGUGUUGA